GGAGGCGACAACCUGCACUGACAGCUCCACACAGCCUCCCUCAUAGUUGUUAGCUGUUUGUUGUGGUCGGAGGAAGACAUCAAGGAGCCGCUGGAAAAGAAAAAAAGAAAAAAAAAACAAUGGAAAAUGAGAGCAAGAGGAAGAUGAAGGAGAGAUUUGGCCUGAGGCGGGACAUCUUUAAGGAGUUCCUGGCGGAGUUUCUGGGGAUAUUUGUCCUGAUACUCUUUGGAUGCGGUUCAGUGGCCCAGACGGUGCUGAGUAAAGGGGCUCUCGGGGAGCCGCUGACCAUCCACGUUGGCUUCACUCUGGGUGUCAUGAUGGCCGUCUACAUGGCCGGGGGAGUGUCAGGAGCCCAUGUGAACCCUGCAGUCUCUCUGGCCAUGGUGAUCCUGGGGAAGCUGCCUCUGAAGAAGUUCCCUGUGUAUGUGGUAGCACAGUUCCUGGGGGCUUUUGCUGGAUCCUGUGCUGUCUAUGGGUUGUAUUAUGAUGCUUUGAUGGACUAUACUAAUGGAGAAUUUGCAGUUACUGGUGCAAACGCCACAGCCAACAUAUUUGCAUCUUAUCCUGCAAAACAUCUUUCAGUCCUCAAUGGGUUCGUGGAUCAGGUAAUUGCAACUGGCGCACUGAUCCUGUGCAUCCUGGCCAUCACUGACAGGAAGAAUAUUGGUGCUCCCAAAGGGAUGGAGCCUCUGUGCAUCGGCCUCAUUAUCAUGGCCAUCGGAGUGUCCAUGGGUCUGAACUGUGGUUACCCAAUCAACCCGGCCCGAGACCUCGGCCCGCGCUUCUUCACAGCCGUAGCUGGGUGGGGCAUGGAAGUAUUCAGAGCCGGAGGCUGCUGGUGGUGGAUUCCUGUGGCAGGUCCUAUGGUGGGUGGAGCAGUCGGAGCAGGCAUUUACUUUCUCUUCAUUGAGCUGCACCAUCCAGAGCCUGAAAAACAGGAGGAGAACAACGUCCAGGACAAAUAUGAAAUUAUAACUAUGAGCUAAAUUUGAGAACAAGGGAGCAGAGCAAAAUCACAAAGCAACAAAUAGACACAGGAGCACAGUUUGAUAUAAACUACCAGUCAAAAGUUUGGACACACCUUCUCAGUCAAGAGUUUUUCAUUUUUUUUAAUGACUGUUCACAAUGUAGAUUCUCACUGAAGACAUCAAAACUAUGAAUGAACACAUAUGGAAUUAAUGAAGAAAACAAAAAGUGUUAAAUAAAUCAAAACAGUUUUUAUAUUUUAGAUUCUACAAAAUAGCCACCCUUUGCUUCGAUUACUGUUUUUCACACUCUUGACAUUCUCUCCAUGAGCUUCAUGAGGUAUGUCACCUGAAAUGGUUUUCCAACAGUCUUGAAGGAGUUCCCAGAGAUGCUGAGCACUUGUUGGCCCUUUUGUCAUCACUCUGUGGUCCAUCUCAUCCCCAAACCAUCUGGAUUGGGUUUAGGUCAGGUGACUGUGGAGGCCAGGUCAUCUGACGCAGCACUCCAUCACUCUCUUCUUGGUCAAAUAGUCCUUACACAGUCUGGAGGUGUGUUUGGGGUCAUUGUCCUGUUGAAAAAUAAAUGAUUGUCCAACUAAACGCAUACUGGAUGGGAUUACAUGUCGCUGCAGGAUGCUGUGGUACCCAUGCUGGUUCAAUGUGCCUUCAAUUUUGAAUAAAUCCCCAACAGUGUCAACAUCAAAGCAUCCCGGCACCAUCACACCUCCUCCUCCAUGCUUCACGGUGGGAACCAUGCAUGUAGAGACCAUCUGCUCACCUUUUCUGUGUUGCACAAAGACACGGUGGGUCGAACCAAAGAUCUCAAAUUUGGACUCAUCAGACCAAAGCACAGAUUUCCACUGGUCUCAUGUCAAUUCCUGGUGUUUCUUGGCCCAAAUAAAUCUCUUCUGUUGCUUUUCCUUAGUAGUGGUUUCUUAUCAGCUAUUUAACCAUAAAGGCUUGAUUGGUUCAGUCUCCUCUGAACAGCUGAUGUAGAGAUGUGUCUGCUACUAGAACUCUGUGUAGCAUUUAUCUGGGCUCUAAUCUGAGGGGCUGUUAUCUUGCUAUUUCUGAUGCUGGUGACUUGGAUGAACUUAUCCCCUUCCUGGGGAGGUCCUCAUGUGAGCCAGUUUGGUCAUAGCGCUUGAUGGUUUUUUGCGACUACACUUGGGGAUACAUUCGAAGUUGUUGCAAUUUUCCAGACUGACUGACCUUCAGUUCUUAAAGUAAUGAUGGACUGUUGUUUCUCUUUACUUAGCUGAUUGGUUCUUGCCGUAAUAUGGAUUGUAACAGUUGAGGCUUUCAACUGUGUAUCAACCUGACUUCUGCACAACACAACUGAUGGUCCCAACCCCAUUAAGAAAGCAAAUUCCACAAACUAAACUUGACAAGGCACACCUGUGAAGUGAAAACCAUUUCAGGUUCUACCUCAUGAAGCUCAGUGAAAGAAUGCCAAGAGUGUUCAAAGCAGUAAUCAAAGCAAAGGGUGGCUACUUUGAAGUAUCUAAAAUAUCUAACGUUUUGACUUUUUUCUCACUUUUUUGUUUACUAUAUAAUUCUAUAUGUGUUCAUUCAUAGUUCUGAUGCCUUCAGUGAGAAUCUACAAUGUAAAUAGUCAUGAAAAUAAAGAAAAAAUAUUAAAUGAGAAGGUGUAUCCAAAAUUUUGACUGGUACUGUAUUUCUACAAUUUAAAAAAAAAAAAGAAAGAAAAUCUACCAUCACUGGUUUAAUACAACACAUGCACCUGACAAAACAAUUUCAUAUAGUCAUUUAUAUAAUACAAUACUUAUCUGCAUGAAUGUUUGAUGAAGCCUUUUUGCUAAAAGUCUGGUCUAUUUAUAGGGUUCAUGUUUUAUAAGCCAGAGGCUCUUAAAUAUAUCAACAUACUAAAAUUGCUUAAAAAUAUAUUCUCUUUAGACUUCAGGCUUUUCACAAUAUUCUUCUGAAUUAUAGCUAUGCAGUAAUCUCCUGUCUACUAACUGGGAUCAACUUCUCUUGUUAGAAUUGUUUGCCAAGUUUCUGUACAGCAUUUUUAUGUUUACUACUGUCUACCUAACAAACAGGCAUUUAUUACAUGUAGCACUUAAAAAAGAGUUUAUUAAUGUGGAAAUAUCGUAAUUUAUAAUAUUUUUAGCCAAUGUGAUGAUUUGUUUUGUGGAGUGACAUCCUUAUUCUGUUUCACUUCAUUCCCUUGCAUGCAUGUAAAAAUGUAUGAUUGAUUGCUUUAUCUUGCUUUAAGUGCUGUAGUUUUUAAAGCACAUUUUCUGUAAGUAGGAAAUCCGGCCUUAAAUAAUUACACUGGUAUUGCUUACUUUUACAUUCAUUUUCACAAUUUUGUGAUACAAACUUUUGUUUAUUAAGCUGGAUUACAUUUAUUACUAUUAUUAAAAAGCCAUAACUUAACAUAUGAUAGUUAAGUGUCAGCUUUCUGCAAAAAGAAACUAACAAAAAAAUUAAUAAUUUGAUGUAUUUUGUUUACAUCAGUGCAUUUGCUGCACCAGGGGCAAUAUUCAAACACUGGCUGCAGCUGUUUACAUGAAAAACUCUUCGGAGCUGGUGUAAAAUGUGUAAAAAGCACAUAUUUUGAGGAUUCUUGGAAAGUUAAACACUGGAAACUUAGACCAAAAGGAAUAACACUGCUUGGAAAUAUAAAAUGGAAAUGUGAAAUAAAUGCAAAUUCAAUGUCAAAAAGCUGUGUUUAAAAAAAAACAAAAAAAAACCAUGACUUUUAAUUCAGUCUGGAUGAGGGGACCACAUGCUGCUGGCAACAAUGUCAGAAAACAGAAAGUAUGCAGACCUGCUGAUGUGAAUAUGAAUAUUUCUUGUCUGUUAAAUUAAUUCAUUGUGAGAUUAUACUGUAGUGCACUAAAAGUGGAUUUACAGCAGCACACUGGUUAUAUAAUACACAGGACACUUGUUGGCAACAAGACAAUCACUAAAACUGUUUGUUCUACUUUUGUGAAACAGCUGUUUAUGCCAACCAAAUGUGUGGCAUAAACACUAAAGGUUGAUUUUUGUUUUGAGGUCCAAGGUUAAGCAUGCAGUGCAUCAAUUGGUGAACAUACUUUAACCCUGUGCUGUAUGUGGCCUCCUUUUAAAUCAGUUGCACUGUACAAAAGCAGCUGGUUGCAUUGAAUUGGUUCAGCUGUUUUUCAGUGAAAUGGUUUAUUUUUUUGAUACUUUUCUCUCCUUGUCUUUAACAUGACGUACAUUUUAAUCUUUUUGUCUGUUUGCUUUUUCUAAAGUAGCUUCCCAACAUGAUUUUCACGUUUGUGUCUCAUCAGCUGUUUUUUGUUUUACACAGUUCACUGUAUUGAAUAAACUCUGUUGAAAUAA